AUGGUUUCCAUUAUCUUUGGCCUCGCAGCAACACUUAUCCCAUUUGUUUCCGCUCAACAACCUGGAACUUACACUCCGGAAGUCCAUCCCACAUUGACUUCGCAACAAUGCACCAAAGCAGGUGGCUGUGUUACCGUUAACACUUCUGUGGUACUCGAUUCCAAUUAUCGGUGGCUACACAACGUAGGCGGUUCCGACAACUGCACCUCUCAAGGAUUCAACACAAGUGUAUGCGCUGAUGCAGAAUCUUGUAGCACAGACUGUGCGCUAGAAGGUGUUGAUUAUGCCAGCUUCGGCGUUAGAACGAAUGGCAGUGCUUUGACGCUCAAUCUUUUCAAGACGGAGAACAAUGUAACUUCUAAGGUCACUCCUCGUGUAUAUCUACUUGCAGAUGACAGCACCUACGACAUGUUUCAACUAUUGGACCGGGAGAUUACUUUUGAUGUCGAUAUGUCACAGGCGGGUUGCGGUGUCAACGGCGCUCUGUAUCUCUCCGAGAUGAGCCCAACUGGGAAUGAAGGACCGCUCAACCCCGCCGGUGCCAAGUACGGGACAGGAUAUUGUGAUGCUCAAUGCCCAUCACUAAACUAUAUCAAUGGAGUUGCAAAUUUCAACGGCACAAUAGGCGCCUGCUGCAGCGAAAUGGAUCUCUGGGAAGCCAAUUCCGCCGCGGCUGCUUUUACCCCGCAUCCCUGCAAUAUCACCGGCGUAUAUGCAUGUACCGAGCCCCUAUGCGGCGAUGCGGACAAGUACGCGGGCGUCUGCGACAAGGACGGCUGCGAUUACAACGCGUAUCGGAACGGUGCACCUGGCUUCUACGGGCCGGGGGCGAACUUGACAAUCGAUACGAAUAGGCCGUUUAGCGUUGUAACGCAAUUCCUCACAUCUGGCAACAGGACGUUGAGCGAAAUCAAGCGGUUAUAUAUCCAAGACGGCGCCGUGAUACAGAACGCGCAAACGAAUAUCAACGGCGUGAUGCCCGGGAACAGCAUCUCAGAUAGCUAUUGCAAGGAACAGAAGAGCGUGUUCAACGCCACGGAUGACUUCACAGAAUUGGGCGGUUUAGCGGAGAUGGGGGGCGCGCUUGGGAGGGGUAUGGUGCUUAUUUUUAGCAUCUGGGAUGAUGCGGAGAGUCGCAUGCAGUGGCUUGAUGCGACGAAAGGGACGGGGGCGGGGAGUGUGAGGGGGCCUUGUAGCGCGGAGAGUGGGGAUGUGGGGGAUAUUCUGGCAGAGGAGCCGGGGACUAGGGUUGUGUUUGAAAAUAUUAGGAGCGGGGAGAUUGGGAGUACGUUUGUGGAUGGGGGGUAUUAG